AUGGUGAAGAAGCGAGGAGCGAACCAGCACACGGGCAAGCCGUUCAUCGAGUGGUGCGCGGAGAACGGGAAGCGCGGCGAGAGGCUCGCCAACGAGUUCCGCGAGGAGCUGCCGACGGAGCUGACAUAUGCGUCGAACUACAAGGCGAAGUGGAAGUGCAGCAACGUCAAGUGCAAGCACGUGUGGCGGGCGAUGGUGUGCAGCCGCACGAAGAGCCACAGACACACCGGGUGUCCGAAGUGCGCGAAUCGCAUACCGCUGAGCAAGACGCACAACUUCCUCGUGUGGUGCGAGAAGAACGGCGAGCUCGGGAAGAAGCUGUCGCGCGAGUACGUCGAUAAGGACAAGCCGCCGACGGCGGUGACGAAAGCGUCGCACUACAAGGCGAAGUGGAAGUGCAGCAACGUCGAGUGCAAGCACGUGUGGAGGGCGCAGGUGAGCGACCGCACGAAGAGCGACAAACCCCGCGGGUGCCCGAAGUGCGCGAAUCAUGGGCCGCUGAGCAAGGCGAACAACUUCCUCGUGUGGUGCGAGAAGAACGGCGAGCUCGGGAAGAAGCUGUCGCGCGAGUACGUCGAUAAGGACAAGCCGCCGACGGCGGUGACGUACAGGUCGACGUACAAGGCGCUGUGGAAGUGCGCGGAGUGCGACCACGAGUGGCUGGCGACGCUGAACCAACGCACGACGAGCCGGAACCCCAACGCGUGCCCGGCGUGCGGAGCUCGCAAGUCCGCCGGCGACGAACACGCCGCCGGCUGA